AUGGGUGCUGGCAUUCCUCACCAAAACACGCUGACGGAGAACUUCGAGGUGGAUUAUGUCGUGCUCUACCGCUUCUCCAAAGUUGACAAAAAUGAAGCUAAGGAGCAGUUCAAGAAGCUCAUCCGAGUUCUAUCAGAUGUCGGGCUGCAGACGGAGGUGCGUCCCGGAACAGACCAGAGCCUUCUGAUAUUUGUAAAGGCCCAAGAGAAAUCCUUGGGUGAAGCUUUAUAUCGAUCCAGGGUACGGGAUUGGCUGCAUGGUGUGCGCAAUUCGCAACCAAAUCCCAAUGCGAAGGGCUCAUAUACCCCUGAGACCGACGCAGAACGGCUCCUCAUGGUGCACAAUAUGAUCACUGCUCCCAGCAACGAAGGCGGUGCAGGAAUCACUCCCAAAUACGGCGAGUGGAACCAUGUAGACUCAGUCUUCCCAUUGCACGACAAGCUCCUCAACAAGACGUGGAUAAAAGCCUGGACCAGUAAAACAUUCCUUACGGCGGAUGACCUCGACCAAAUCCGGAACCACCACGGUGAAAAGAUCGGCUUCUACUUCGCUUUCUUGCAGUCGUAUUUUUCAUUCCUCGUCUUUCCCGCCGCCUUUGGUGUUGCGUGCUGGGUUCUUCUGGGCAAUUUCUCCAUCGUCUAUGCGAUCGUGAACUGUCUGUCAUGCGUCCUGUUUGCCGAAAUGUGGAAGCGACAGGAAAGAGACCUGCGGAUUCGCUGGCAAGUGAAAAAUGUUUCCGAAAUCCGUACCAAGAGAAGGGAGUUCCAGUAUCUUUCGAAAUCCGUUGAUCCUGCGACUGGAGAGGAAUUGCUGCUAUUCCCGUCAACCACGCGUCUAGGCAGACAGCUUCUCCAGGCACCCUUUGCAAUUGUCGCAGUUCUUGCAUUGGGUACUCUAAUAGCUACUUGUUUUGCGAUUGAGAUCUUCAUUUCCGAAAUUUAUGCUGGGCCCUUCAAGUCAUAUCUCGUCUUCAUCCCCACAAUCUUGCUCUCUUUAUUUGUUCCCACUAUCUCCGCCGUUUUAACCAACAUCGCGAAGCGUCUCACCGACUACGAGAACUACGAGACGCAGGACAGUUACGACGUGGCGCUAACCCACAAAAUCUUCGUUCUGAAUUUCAUCACAUCCUACCUCCCAAUCUUCCUCACAGCCUUCGUCUACGUGCCAUGCGGCCGAGUGAUAGUCCCAUAUCUCGACGUAUUCCACCUGACUGUCAGCCCAUUUACAACAUCAUCGGAGAUGGACGAGCUGCAGAAGUCCGCAUCGGCCUUUCAGAUCAACCCAUCCCGACUCCGCAAGCAAGUAAUUUACUUCACCGUCACCGCGCAGGUCGUCAACCAGGGCCUCGAGAUCGUCCUCCCAUAUGCCAAACGGAAGCUCAUGCGCAAGUACCAAGAAUACACUCAAGAAAAAGCCAAAUCGACGAAAAGCAGUGGCUCGUCCACGCCUGAAGCAGCUUCCGCUACGCCCGCUGCAGCGAUCUUAGAAGACGUCCCCAGCGAAUCUGAAUUCCUCACCCGCGUCCGCGAUGAGGCCUCACUCACUGAAUACGAUGUCGCCGCUGACUUGCGCGAAAUGUGUGUCCAAUUCGGCUACCUCUCCCUCUUCUCCGUCAUUUGGCCGCUUGUCCCACUCUCCUUCUUGGUAAACAACUGGGUCGAGCUACGCUCUGACCUGGUCAAGAUCUGCAUAGAAUGCCGCCGGCCCGUCCCCUUCCGGUCCGACAGCAUCGGCUCCUGGGUGCAGUCGAUCGAGUUCCUCGCGUGGCUGGGCAGUAUCACGAAUGCGGCGUUGGUGUACAUGUUCUCCAACGACGGGCUUGGGCCGGAUGGCAGCUCCUCACAGAUUACCGGGUGGGUGUUACUGCUUGUCAUAUUCUUCGCGGAGCAUAUAUACCUUAUCAUACGGCUGGUGGUGCAGGUAGCGAUAUCCAAGAUCGAGACACCGGCCACGCGCCAGGAGCGUGUGGAGCGGUAUCUAGUGCGUAAGCAGUAUUUCGACGCAACGCCGGCGCGGGAGAAGCAGGAUAGUGGGGUGGCGGGUGUGGAUACGGAACGCCAUGCGCAUAGUUCUCAGCAUGACAAUGGACAGGAGAAGUCGACAGUCACGCGGGAAUCACUAGAAGAGGAUGCGCGGCGGAUGAGUCAGCACGAUUCGUCGGUGGGGGAUGUGUUCUGGGGCCGUCAGCGGGGUACCUGGGAGGUGAGCGUUGUCGGGGAAGGUAUUAUUGAGGCGGAGUUGAGCACGGGCGUGGAGGAGAAAAAAGUGCAGUAA